AUGCAGCAUUCCAACUCGGCACCAGAGCAGCAAUCGGCGCUCCUCCGCCUCCCUAUCGAGCUCCGUCAGCUUAUCUACGGCCUUGUCCUCCCCCACACGACUACCAUCGAUGUGCGUUUGCAGCGCUCCGUAGACCCACCCCCAAAGUCCGAGUAUAAUCUGACUUGCGUCCGGCAGAAGAACGGCGAUGGGGUCUGGUGCAUGCAACGAACGUUACCGAGGACGGAUCGCGAAACAGGCAACGACAUUGUCUGGCGUCGAGGAAGCACAAACCUGCUAGCUGUGUCGCGGCAAGUGCACGAAGAGGCAGUGGACAUGCUGUAUGGAGACAACACCUUUGUGGUUGAUGUCAAGUUCGACGCCAUCAACUUUCGGUACCGGUGGCGAACGGCUAAUAACCUGACGCCAAAUCGGACGUAUCAGUUCUUGAAUCACUUCUCGCAGAGGAAUCUUCUGCGGAUCAGGAACUACAUCAUAAACGUGGAGUCGGUGGAUGAUUAUACGGGUAUGAUCAAGUACAAUUGCGGUGGGCGAGGCUUACCGGCCGGUAUACGGGGCAAGGUCCGGGAGCUGGUAGACUUGAUGGUCGUCGCGCCGGAAUUGCAUCGUUUACACAUACAUCUGAUAGACGGUGCGAUUAGUCGAGUGAGAUUUCCCAGUGGCAGAAUACAUCGGGUACAGGAUAGUAAUAAUUUUGCACAAACACAGCUGGUGCUGGAUCCUUUUAGGGCGCUGUAUGGGGUCCGAAAUACGGUUGUUAGUGGUGUUAGUAGUGAGUACAAAGAGGAUCUGGAGAAGAGUUUGGGUGCACAGAGAGAAUGGUAA